AUGAGUGACACCAACGGCAAGGCACCUAUCAAUGGAGCUGGCUCACCUGCGCGCCACAGCGAACCUCUUGUAAAGGUCCAGCCGCCGCGACGGGAGGACCUCCAGCCAUCUUAUGCUCGUGUUAUCCAGCCAGAUGAUCAAGACGCCGACACCAACGGGUGGUAUGGUGCCAUGAUCAACACUCUUGGAGGCUGCAUCGGCACUCUGGGCGCCAUUCCAUGCUGCGUCGUCUGCCCCAAUCCCUACAAGCCCGUAUCUCAAGGAAACGUUGGUCUUGUCACCAAGUUCGGUCGCUUCGCGCGUGCUGUCGACCCUGGUCUGGUCUACGUCAACCCUCUCUCCGAGCAGUUGGUGCAGGUCGAUAUCAAGAUCCAGAUCGUCGAGGUGCCCAAGCAAGUCUGCAUGACCAAGGACAAUGUCACCUUAAACCUUACCUCGGUCAUCUACUACCGCAUCACUUCGCCCCACAAGGCCGCUUUCAGCAUCAGCAACAUCCGCCAGGCGCUUGUUGAGCGUACGCAGACUACGCUGCGCCACGUAAUCGGUGCCCGUGUGCUCCAGGAUGUGAUUGAGCGCCGCGAGGAAAUUGCCUUGUCUAUCCGUGAGAUCAUCGAGGAGACUGCGCUCGGAUGGGGCGUUGAGGUCGAGUCCAUGCUCGUCAAGGACAUUAUCUUCUCCCAGGAGCUCCAGGAGUCGCUUUCUAUGGCUGCCCAGUCGAAGCGAACUGGUGAGGCCAAGGUCAUUGCUGCUCGCGCGGAAGUCGAGUCUGCCAAGACGAUGCAAGCCAUGGCCAGAUCCGCCAACAGCAAGGUUAUCUUCCUCCCAGCGCAGAAUCAAACUGUACAGUCUGCUCUCGCGCAAGCAGAUGCCGCUGGCGAAGGCCCUAGCUCCUACAUGCCCAAGUCAAACCAGGGCAACACUUCAUUGGGCACGCAGAGUAGUGCAGCGCAGGAGUACGGAGGCAACGACAACAGCUUCCAGAGCGCUAUCAACUCGCAUGUCAUUGAGAACAUGUAAGCUGAGACUGAAUACGAGCGCACGAAGACACGACUUGGGUUCCAAUACUUUGCUCUGCUUGGUGGAAUGGUUGGGAUUUCUGUAUUUUCUUGAUACCCUCAGUACGAUUGCCGCAUCUUUAUCGAA